ACCAACCAGGAAGCGAAUGGCGGAAAUUUAGAUCCACCUCACGCUUGCAGCUAGCAGUUACUGGGAGACCCGUUUUCUUCUUGAAUGGAGAGGCCAGCCGAGUAGACAGCAGAUGCUUUCAGCUAAACAAACGGUGGACGGCUUUGAAGAACCAAUGUCGUCGCGUCUGACGAGCGUUACCCGGCAGAACCGGUGAAGCGAAUGGACGGAGAGCCGAGCGGACUGACAACCUGACAGAUUAAGUGAAACACCGGACAUAUGGCCCUGCUCCUCGGCUAGCCGAGGGAGAGUCCGUGACGAGACGACGAAGCCAGCAUCAUGUUCCUGAAUGCAUCUUUCACCAGCCUGAUCGUGGGCGUGUUUGUGGUGUACGUGCUCCACACCUGCUGGGUGAUGUACGGGAUAGUGUACACUAAACCCUGCGACAGCCCCGAAGGCGACAACUGUAUCGCACCCUUCCUGGCAGGGGACCCAAAACUACAGUUGAGUAUCUACACUGCACUGCGGCCCGAUGCAGAGGGAGGACAUACUUUGAUCCACAGAGAGGAAAUAUUUGAUGUCAACAGCAAGUUUGAGAGGAUAGUAAAUGUCUCUCUCCCUAAGAAGACCCGCAACAAUGGAACUUUGUACGCACUGGUAUUUGUCCAUCAAGCGGGUGUCACGCCGUGGCAGGAUUCACGACAGGUCCACUUGGUGGCUCAGCUCACCACAUACAUGGUCCCUAAACCGGCGUAUAUCUCUUUGAUAUCCGGAGAGGAUCAAAUACAGGGGGAGAAAGAAGAAGCCCAGCAGAAGAAACGUGUCGGUAACCCUGCGGCAGGGGGUGGAGCUGGUACCGCUUCCACAGCUGAUGACCCGGUCUCCCACUGGCGCACCCGCCUGACGCUCAAUGUUGUCGCAGACCACUUCCUGUUUGACAAAGAAAACCUGCCGAGCGAUGUGCACAGAUACCUCCGAGUAUUCCAAAAUGGUAAGAAGAUGGUUUAUCUACCUCUGCUGUUUGUUGAUGAGCUCAGCAACCGUGUCAAGGACCUUGAGGAGAUCAACAGUACCUCCAAGGAGCUCCCUCUGACCAUCUCCUACGACUCCAUCUCUCUGGGGAGGCUACGAUUCUGGAUCCACAUGCAAGACGCUGUUUUCUCUCUGCAGCAGUUCGGUUUCACAGAAAAGGAUGCUGAUGAGAUUAAAGGAAUCUUCGUGGAUACCAACCUGUACUUCCUGGCUCUGACCUUCCUUGUAGCUGCCUUCCAUCUCCUCUUCGACUUCCUGGCAUUCAAGAACGACAUCAGCUUCUGGAAGCAGAAGAAAAGCAUGGUGGGAAUGUCCAGCAAAGCAGUGCUGUGGCGAUGCUUCAGCACCAUCGUGGUUUUCCUCUACUUGUUUGACCAGCAGACCAGCCUGCUUGUCCUCAUACCGGCUGGUGUCGGCUCCAUCAUUGAAGUGUGGAAAGUGAAGAAGGCCCUUAAGAUACAGGUUUCCUGGAAAGGAGGCAAACCAACAUUCCUGUUUGGGAAAUUGGAUGAAUCGGAGAGGAGAACAGAGGAGUACGAUACUCUGGCCAUGAAGUAUCUUUCAUACCUCCUCUACCCGAUGUGUAUUGGAGGGGCUGUGUAUGCGCUAAUAUUUCAACGCUAUAAGAGUUGGUACUCGUGGCUCAUCAACAGUUUGGUUAAUGGUGUAUAUGCUUUUGGCUUCCUCUUCAUGCUUCCUCAAUUGUUUGUCAACUAUAAGCUGAAAUCUGUGGCCCACCUGCCCUGGAAAGCCUUCAUGUACAAGGCAUUCAACACCUUCAUCGACGACGUGUUUGCUUUCGUCAUCACGAUGCCAACGUCACACAGACUGGCCUGUUUCAGGGACGAUGUGGUGUUUCUCAUUUACCUCUACCAGAGAUGGCUCUACCCAGUGGAUAAAACAAGAAUAAAUGAAUAUGGAGUUUCUUACGACGAAAAAAAACCCAAAGGAAAGCCUCACAAGGACUAGUGACCUGGUACCUGCAUGUUUCCUCUUCAGUCCACUGGUAUCCACUGACUGGUCCGGGUCAGUUGGUAUCAUCUGAGCUGGGUUACCGGGUCCAGAGGCAUCUGGUCAGUUAGUUGUAAACGGACCCGGUCGAUCAACAUCCUUGUGGUUCUUGUCUGUUUUUACUCCCUCCCAAAGUGUUCAAAGGUCAACAUCAGCUUAUCUGCCUUCUUCUGCAGUCAGGAGAGGAAUUAUUUAGUUUUGCAGCGUGCGGCGGGACAUGAAGAUCAAUAACAUAAACCUCUAAACCGUUUCAGACUGAGGCGACAACCUGGAAAAAACCUGUUUGUGAUUGGUGUGAAAGGCCGGCACACUGACCGUGUCUACCGCGGGUCAGACUCUACUCAGCUCUGGUAUGAAAGAGUACACCGACGACUUUAGUAAAGUCAGCAUUUCCUGUUCAAACACCACGUGAUUCCACAAAGCCAGUCCCACCCCAGCUCCAUACUGUUAAUAUCACUGACGUAAAGUAUGAUGCAUGAUUGGGGAGGCAUUCAUAUUUUAAGAUGAAAACAUCUCCUGAGGACCACUGUAAAUAUCGUAUUUUCAGAGUUAUAAUUGCAAUGUCAAAAAUGUAUAAUUUAAAACAUUUUGUGUUUACAAAUUCCAGUUAACUUGCAGUGAGCGUUUUGAUAACAACCUGGUUCAGACUACUUUGAAGAACUCGUAUCUAAAUACAUUGAUUUUCCAUAUUUUUAUUAUACAAGCGCAAAGUCUGAUACAUCGGAGCUUUCAGAACAAUCCGUAAGUGGAUGUGCUGUUGGCUCGGUUAAUUAUUCCUGAUGCAGAAUUUGAGGGAUUUUUCUAUAAUAAUGUUAAAACAUUGCUGAGUGAAAAUACUCUUAGAAUGUAUGAAUGUGUAGUCAUUUCAAAUUUUUUAUUUUUUUUUUGUAUCCCAAAUUAUAAUUUUGGACAAAGCGAACAUGUUUUAACCCUGGGACAAAUUCCAGAGUGACAGACCCUGUUUACCCUUCCUGUUAAAGUGAGAGAGGAGUGCAGGGAUGACUAAACGAGAGAAGUAUCUACUGACCCGUUUUAUAUCGUAGAAGACGUUCAAAUAUAUUAAGCUUGUGUUUAGCACAGAAUUUAUUUCAGGCAUCUAACCAAAAAACCAAUUCCAGCAACCAUUGACUUCAAGACGAGGGAACUGGAAGUGCAACAUUUUAAGAGCUAUAAUGUAGUUUCCAUCAACAGUAUGUGAUGGCUGUAGCAAGUGAAAAUAUACUGCCUGUCAUUACACUGUAACAAAGGAGGGUACUCCUCAAAGCCAUACUGUGCUUUCCAUCUACUCUAGUUUUGUAGUUUUACCUGCUUGAGUAUUUUUUACAUAUCGGGGCCAAGAAGAUUUGUUGGUGCCAAAUGUGAGAAUGAUUCUUUAAACUGUUGGCGAGCUUUGUAAAUGAUCCAUCUAAUGUUUUAAAUAGACACCGACAUUGUGAAGGAAACAGUAAAUGGUAAGACUUGAGGAAAGUAUUACUACAUUUGGAUUUACAGUCACAUCUUUGAUUUUUCUGCCAUAGUUCUAAUGUUGUUUUUUUUUGUUUUUUAUAUGUAAAGAUACAUUAGAUCUGUGCACAAAGAUCUAGGUUCUCUGUUCCUGUUUAAAUGAGACAAGGCAAGAUUUGCCGGAAAAUCGCCUUGAAAUGGUUUUUGUGAUGAUUGUGUUUUUGAUUGUGAUUUAAUAAAAUUGUCGACUGACCAUGUUGUUUGCAUUGGA